AUGGGUUCGGACCCCAGAAAAAUAGGUGCAUGGUUCUUGUAUGAACCCAAUAUUUUGACUCCAACUGGUAAAUUAAGUCUCAGACCCGGCUCGCAUGACUAUGUCAUGAACGAUGUUACCACCACCACGGUUACAUCCUAUGAAGAUUCUCUUGAAAUUCCCAUGAGUUCUCAGCCAUGGAUCGAUGUUGGGAUGACUUUUGGUAUCUAUGAAGAAUACAUCUCUAUUGAUAAGAAAAAGACUUAUUUGAUGAUGAUAGGAGACGGCAUCAACAAAACUAUCAUCACAGGCAAUCACAAUGACGAUGACGGGUGGAAAACCUUCAACUCUGCAACUUUCGGCGUGAAAGGGGAUGGAUUCGUGGGAGUGAAUAUCAUUUUUCGCAACACAGCAGGGCCGGAAAAGCACCAAGCAGUCGCAGCUCUAAACUCAGCAAACAUGUCCUCAUUUUAUAGCUGCAGUUUUGAGGGAUACCAGGACACGCUAUACGCACAUUCGAAGAUGCAGCUGUAA